AAUCUCUGUGAACUGUGAAUGUGAUCGACUCCUCUCGUUUCAAUUUCUGGUAAGGUUCUUCUUCAGAGUUGUUGUUUCCUCUUAUCUCUUAGAAAGUCUUUUACUUGCAACAGAUUCAUGAACAGAGCCUCUCUGUAUCGUCGUCUCUCUAAUGUUUCGCUGCUCAAAUUUCUCAGUGUUUCGCUUUCUUCGUUUUAGAGUUUCAUUUGAUCAGAACUUGGUUAUAUUCACUCGCAUUUGGCUUCUCAGCUGAAAUCUAGCCUUAGCUCAACUUCCUGAAGCAGCCGAGCUCUCUCUCUGCUGUGUUCUUGCUUGUUUGUUGUUUGAGGACAGUGUUAAAUACAUCAACUUUACCGCAGAAAUGGUGGAACAUUCUGGUGGUGAUGGUGAUGAUGUGAAUUGGAAUACAGAUGAUGAUGAACAUGAGAUCGAUAACUUCCAAUUUUCUCCAUCUUCUUCUCCUGUACAUUUUAUGACUGAAACCUCAUAUGGACCUGCUGAGACAACCUCGCCAAACUUUAUUCAAAAGGGAAUCUCUGAUGAGGCGGUUGCUAGUUUUAUUGAGAUGGGAUUUUCAAGUGAAAUGAUAGCUAGAGCAAUUGAAGAAACCGGUGGAGCAAAUUCGGAACCUAGGAUGAUUCUUGAAACUCUCUUUAACUAUUCGGCAAGCACCGAAGCUAGUUCUUCGAAAUCUAAAGUUAUCGAUCAUUUCAUUGGGAUGGGGUUUCCUGAGGAAAAUGUGAUAAAAGCUAUACAAGAAUACGGAGAUGAAAAUAUUGAUGAUAUCAUGAAUGCACUUUUAACUUAUGCGGAGGUUGACAGACUAGGUGAAACAAAGGACGUGAACAUCAACACUACUGAUGAUGAUGAUAAUCUCUAUUCCUUAUCAUCAGAUGAUGACGAGGAUGAACUAAACAACUCCUCCCAAGAAGAUAGUAUCUUGCAAGCGUUGAUCAAAAUGGACUAUUCGAGGGAAGAGGCUGCCAUAGCUAUAGAGAGAUGUGGAGAAGAUGCAAGUGUGGAAGAGGUGGUAGACUUCAUUUGUGCUGCUCAGAUGGCACGGCAGUUCGAUGAGUUUUUUGCAGAACCUGAUAAAAAAGAGCCUAUGAAUAAUAGCAAAAAGAGGCGAACAUACAAUGAGCCACCGAGAAGAGAGAGAAAGCCGAACACUGCCAUGGCCAAUGACCAGCUCAUCUAUCUACCGAAGGAGAUGAUUGGGUUUGGUGUCCCUAAUAGACCUGGACUUAUGAUGAACAGAGCAGUCCCAGUUCCGGAUAUUGCUUGUGGCCCGCCCUUCUUCUACUACGAGAACGUUGCCAUGGCACCAAAAGGUGUUUGGGCCACGAUCUCCAGCCACUUGUACGACAUCCUGCCUGAAUUCGUGGAUUCAAAGCAUUUCUGUGCCGCUGCAAGAAAGAGAGGAUAUAUUCACAACUUGCCAAUCCAGAAUAGGUUCCAGAUUCAGCCUCAACCACACAAUACAAUCCAAGAAGCCUUACCCUUAACCAAGCGAUGGUGGCCUAGUUGGGAUGAGAGAACGAAGUUGAAUUGUCUGUUGACUUGUAUUGCCAGUGCUAAGCUCACAAACAGAAUACGUGAGGCUCUUGAGAAAUAUGAUGGGGAGCCACCUCUACAAGUGCAGAAACAAGUCAUGUACCAAUGCAAAAAAUGGAAUUUGGUUUGGGUAGGUAAGAACAAGCUUGCCCCGCUGGAGCCAGAUGAGAUGGAGAAGCUUCUAGGCUUCCCGAGAGACCAUACUCGAGGUGGAGGAAUCAGCAGAACUGACCGCUACAAGUCUUUAGGCAACUCGUUUCAGGUUGAUACUGUUGCGUAUCACUUGUCUGUCCUUAAGCCUUUGUUUCCGAAUGGAAUAAAGGUUCUGUCACUCUUCACGGGGAUUGGUGGUGGAGAAGUUGCACUCCAUCGUCUCCAAAUUCGGAUGAAUGUAGUUGUGUCUGUUGAGAUUUCAGAAGCGAACAGAAACAUAUUGAGAAGCUUUUGGGAGCAGACGAAUCAAAAGGGUAUCCUGAGAGAGUUUAAAGAUGUUGAAAAGCUAGACGACAAUACGAUUGAGCAGCUUAUGGACGAGUACGGAGGAUUCGAUUUGGUCAUUGGAGGAAGUCCGUGUAACAAUCUCGCCGGAGGGAAUCGCCAUAGUCGGGUCGGUCUUGAAGGAGAGCACUCCUCACUCUUCUUUGAUUAUUGUCGGAUUCUCGAGACAGUUCGUCACAAAGCAAGACAAAUGAGGAAAUGAGACCCAAGUUGUUCUGUUUUGAAAGGCAUUUGUUACAUGAAUCGAUUCUGCAUAUUCUUUUUGUUACUCUCUCACUCUGUGAGGUAUAUUUCUGCAAGAAUAUUUUCAGAUUUUACUUAA